CUGUUAAAAUUUCUUCUUCCGCGCUACCUGUGGUAAAACACACUCAUUGUGCAAGAGUAGCCCUGAAAUAUUUUUGCGUUCUCUGCAUCGUGAACUUUAUCUAUAAUAUACGUUCUCUGCUUCACGUUUAGUAUAAAAGGGUUGAUUAAAGUCAGAUUUCAUCACAAAUUGCUUUAGUCUAUCGAAUUGUCGCAGUAAUGAAAGGAAUUGCUUUCUUGUUAACAUAUUUAGUGUAUUGUUCGAAUAUCGAUCCGAUACGCGCUGAUUCGCCGGAGGUAUGCUUGGAGGAUUCAUCCUGUGUGCUCGGAGAAUAUAUGAGUGGCAAUGAGAUCGAUUCAUUUGAAGCUUUCUUAGGCAUACCAUUCGCCAAACCACCCAUCGGCGAUUUGAGAUUCAGCAAUCCUGAAGAAGCUGAACUAUGGAAUGGCACCUUAUCAGCAAUAUCUCCUAAGUCUGCUUGUAUACAACGUGAUUAUUUCAAUGUAUCCAAACCGAUCAGCGGUUCAGAGGAUUGUCUGUACUUGAAUAUAUAUCGCCCCUUGCGCAGUGGCGGUGGGGAAUUGCCAGUAAUGUUCUACAUACACGGUGGUGGAUUUUUCGCCGGCUCACCGAAUCCCAGCUUUAUAGGACCGCUAUAUUUUAUGGAUACGAGUGACGUAAUUCUAGUAGUGGCCGCCUAUCGCUUGGGUCUAUUUGGUUUCCUAUCUACUAACGAUGAAGAGAUGACGGGAAAUUAUGGGCUUAAAGAUCAGAAAUUAGCACUCCAAUGGGUUAAUAAGUACAUUUCGGCAUUUGGCGGUGAUCCCGAUCGUGUUACAAUUUUCGGCCACAGUGCUGGUGCUUCAGCUGUUCAUUUACACUUAAUGAAUAACAAUCAAGAGGGUCUAUUCAGUAACGCUAUUAUGAUGAGUGGCACCGCAAACACACCAUUCGCUUUGCCAAUAAACGAUCCAAGAGACCAAGUCGUUAAUUUAGCUAUAGCUGCUGGUGUAAACGAAGCUGAGGACCUAAGUUCCGCUGACCUAGUUCAGGCAUUGCGAUCAAUCGAACCGGAAGCGUUGUUAUUAGCUGCCGAUAAUCUUAAGCUGUGGGCUGAGCAACCACUUGUAAUAUUCCAUCCAAAUAUUGAAAGUGAAACCUGGCCUGGUGCAUUCUUAACAAAUGAUCCAUCGGACCCAUCCAUUCCGUUUGGAGGGGUCACUGAUAUACCUUGGAUCAUUGGUAAUGCACCUUCCAAGGGUGAGGCUUUGGUUAUUGCACUUCGAUUGGCAAGCAAUACGAGUUUGCAGGAAGAAUUAAAUGAAAACUUUAGCAGCAGACUAAGCAUUGCAUUGAGUUUGCCUGCUACAUGUGACACAGAAGAUGUAAUAGAUACAUUAGUAACAGAGUAUAUGGAUGGUAAACACAAUUUGAAUAAUGAUACAUUAAAUGGCUUUUUGGAGCUUUUGGGAGACGCUUAUUUCAUAUACCCAACUUAUAAACUUUUAAAAUAUAACGUCAAUUCUAGGCGCAGUGAUUUUAAAGGAAUAAUACAUUUUGACUAUCGUGGGCCCUAUUCAUUUUCGGGAUAUUUUACAAAUAGCUUAACAGAUUUCGGUGUUUCACACUACGAUGAUACAUUGUUUCUGUUUGACGGCCCCCCCGGAUUGUCAAAUGGUUAUUCAAAGGAGUCUCGUGAGGCAGCUUUAGUGAGACGCUUUGUGAGGGUGUAUCAGUCUUUUGCCGCAAAUGGUUAUUCAGAUGAAUUUGCUGGCAUCGAAGAAUGUAAUGAUUUAAAUUUUCCGAAUUGUGAAUAUUUGUCGAUCGUAAAAGAUGAGAAACCGUUCAAAACUGGUAAUACUUGGAAUCUUAAACGAAUGACAAUAUGGGAACAAAUAUAUGAUAUUUGCUAAGUUACCUUUUUUGAUUUAUAUAUUAUAUAUAAUUUAUAUAUUGUAUAUAUUAACACAUACUUGACAGUAUAUGUUAAGUAUGACUUUAUUUUCGGCCUAUAUAUAUAUAUACAUAUAAUAUAUAUGUGUAUGUUCGAAUACACAUACUUAUUGCAAUAAAGACGAAAAUAAUUUCAUACUUAACAUAUACUUGACUGUGUUCAAUCGGAUUACUUAGAAUAAUAAUAUUUUUUUUUGUCGAAUUCUUUUGGGGCUGCAGGGUUGCACAUCCUAGCCAGCAUAGGUGUGGAUUUCUGUUCCACUGAAUUAUUUAAAAGGUAAAAAUGUUAAUAAGAAGCAUAAUGUCAAGUUAGAAUUAACCAGCUCUUUGUAAAUAUAAUCUCUAUCUGAAUUAA